CCUUUCUGUCGCCUCGGAGCGAGGCAACUUUCCACCUUGAAACCUCAGCUGGAUGCCAACAACGUCAGGUUGAUCGCAAUCGGCUUGGAGGAGAUAGGGGUGGAGGAGUUCGUGGAAGGGAAGUUUUUUAAUGGGGAACUGUAUAUAGAUCUAAAAAAGCAGUGCUACAAGGACCUGGGCUUCCGAAGACUCGGCGUUUUCAGUCUAUUUCCUGCCAUCUUUGCCAAAAAAGCCAGAGAUGCCAUGUCACAGGCAAAGACUGAGAAGAUUGAAGGAAACUUCAAGGGUGAUGGGAUGCAGAACGGGGGCACAGUAGUGGUUGCUAAAGGAGGCAAGGUACUGCUCAACUUCAAGCAGGAAAACCCAGCUGAUCAUGUGGACCCAAACGAAGUGUUGAAAGCGUUGGGCAUCGAGGGCACCGUUGAUGUGGAAAAGAUGGUAUCUACAGAUGGGGAGGGAACUCAGGUGACGGCUGAUGGUGGCGAGGCAAGUGGGGGAACGGAGGUGACGUGCAAGGACGAUGUUUGUGAGAUGCCUAAGAAGGACAAGCCCAAGCCAGAGGUUCAGUGUGAGGGUGAUGUCUGCCAGAUGAAAUAACAGCUGUCCCUGUUUAUGGCUGCCAGUGCCAGUGUUUCCACAUAACUACACCAGUGAUCCGAGACCUGCCACAGACGAGGCACCAUGAUGUGUACUUGAUGAAUCUCCGGACCUGAGUAUACUGACCAGGGUCAUGUGACCUGCCCACCUGGUGGCAUUUCUGGGAACUACUGUGUAUGUUUUGUGACACCCUGCUGGCGGCUUAUUAUUAUCCUAAUACCUCAGUCUUUUAUAUUUUUAUGGUUUUCAUUCUCUCAUGCUGAAGCCUCUCAUUGUGUCAUGUACAUUGUGACUAUUGUAAUAAAGGCAUUUUGUAUAUAUAUAAAUGUUUCCAUCUCA